AUGCAUGAAAAGGAAGCUGGAGCUGCUCCUGGCACCAGUAGAAUGCCUCUUGGACCAAAUGCUUCUACAAAUGUCAUGCCUGAGGAAGAUCCUGCACUGAGUGAGGAGAUGCCUCAGGAACCUGCUGGACUGAGUGAAGAGAUGCCUCCACCAGUUGGUACUCAGGAUGAAAUGCCUCCACCUUUUGGUACUCAAGAAGACCCUCCUCCACCAGUUGCUACACAAGAAGACCCUCCUCCACCGGUUGCCACACAAGAAGAUCAAGAACAUGUUCCUCCACCUGCAAAGAAUCCCACACCCAGUGAGGAUUUGGUGGGUCAGAAAACAAGGAGGCUGGUGGACAUUACUGGACCUCCAGCUAAGGGUGUGGACAUUAAUAGCAUUAUGAAAAAAUUUACUGCACCUCGAGCAGCUCCAUCUAGAUCUGGAUUACCCAAAUCUUCAGCUCCAACUCCAACUCAGACCCGUGUCCUAGAAUCAGCAAGUGUGAGGAAAGUUGGCAAGCCAAAGCUAGGAAGACCAACUGCUUCUGCAAGACCCAGAUCUGCAACUACAGGAACUCAGGCAACUGUGCAGCCAAUUCAAACUACUCCUGGGAGAACCAAGUCUCAAGCUAAAAGGACUAAGGAAACUGUGCAGCAACAGACAGUUUCAGCUAGCCUCACCACAUCCACAAGUCUGCAACCACAGCUGCCAAUGCCUGCUAAGCUUCCGGUUAAAAGAAUGCUGGAUUUGAAGCUUAAGGAAGCAGCAUCAAGCAGCAAGGACCCUAAGCCACCAUCUUCAAAACCUGUUGUUAGACCUAAGGCUCCAACUGCAUCCACAACUUCUAGUGCUCAGAAAGUCCCACCCUCAGCAACAAAGAAGAGGAAGAUAUGGGUUCCUCCGGGUCAAACCUCAAACAAAGAGCUUUGA